AUGGGCGAGUACUUCUUCGAAGACGAGAUCGAUCUCGAUGACAACACGAUUUGCCCACAAGAUCUCCUCUUGUUAAAAUGCGAAGACUCGGAGAAACAACCUCAUAUUGACUUCAUUACUAUUCCCUCUGAUGAUUUAGAAGAGCCAUCAGAUUCGGGGAAGUCGCUGGGAUCGGAUGUUGAGUCUACAUGUGACGAGACCGAAUCGAACGAUGACUGGCUUGAAGUUCACAAUCUUCUCUUCCAAUCUGUUGGGCUCGAGCGCCUUCCAGAAUGCUGGAAGUUGGUGAAGAAGAGGUUAAAAGAAAAUUCGUUGGAUCAUUGCAAUCAAUCAGUAAGCGACCGAGACCAAAACACCCGAAACAACCUUCAAGACAAUUUCCUGAGCUCGACAUUCCAGACUGCAGACCCCCCAAUCUCGAAGGACAUUCAAGACCAGUUGAUACCUUUGUAUUUCCGACAGUUCCAUCCAGUCUGCCCGGCCGUGGACGAAACUGAGUUUCUCAGAUGGCGUCAGAAAUCUAAAGAGUCUUCAUUUGAUGAUCCUCAACCGAUGCAGUUACUACUGGUUUCGAUGAUGUUUGCGGCAUCUCCCUAUCUGGACGAGAGUCUAUUGUCCCAAGGGCCAUAUUCGUCUGUCAAGUCACUACAGGAAGCGCUGUUCACCUCUGCACAGUCUUUGUAUCACAACUUGGAGACAGAGUUCCUGGGAGCGGAACCUCUGGCACAAAGUGCAUUGCUCCUCAGCUACUGGAGCAAUAAUGAUUCCACGACCGAGGUCAACAGCUACUGGUCGGACGAAGCAGUGCGUCACGCGGUGGCUGGAGGAAUGUCUGCUCUGUCGUCCACGGGUCGAAGAAGGAUCAUCUGGUGGUGUUGUCUAAUCCGAAACCGCAUGAUAUCCCUUGGUCUACGUCGCUUCACUCGGCUCGAGACGCGGCCGGACGGUCGUCUACCCGAAACAACGGACUUUGGAGAGGAGGUGUCACGACCGCAUUUCACGUCUCCUGAGUCGAAAAUCUACUUCACCCAUGCAUUCGCUUUGAUGUGCAGCUUGACAAGGAUCAUGGCUGAGUCUGUCUGGCUGCCGUACCGCGAAUACAACAAGCCUUGGUCUUUGCCAACCGACCGGCGUGCUUUUCGCCUGAUGAAAACGGUUGGUCAACUGGACGAGGAGCUCGAAGCCUGGACCUUCAACUUCAAUCGGGUGUAUUCUACGAUUCGCGAAAUGGCUGUACCUAACGCAGAUCUGGUGAUUUUCCAUCUCAUUGGACUGAUGCACCAGUUCGCAAUCUCCAUCCUGUACGAACCCUUUUUGAGACUUAGCGAGAGCAACGGUGAGCAGGUGUGGUUUGUCAGAGACCUUGCUCUCCUGAAGAUCAAAGAGGUGUCCAAAAACACAGCUGCCAUCACUGCGUCGAUGUUACAGUUUGCAAAGCCAAAAGACUUGCCAAUCAUCUUACCUCCGUGGAUCAUUCUACCCAUUGCGUUACACCUUGUCCAGCUCAGUGCGCCCGAGAUCCUCGAAAUCAAAACGCAAACCACUCAGCAGCUGGGAUACUUGAUGCGGGCACUUCAUUCUUUGACAUGCAGGUACGAAAGUGUCAAGUUGGUCACCAGGAUCAUCGACGCAAUCAUUGUUUUCGUCAGGGAUUCUCAAGAGGAAUCACCACUAACCAGGGCGCAAGCCGUGUGCUCGCAGGAGCGUGCUGUUCAGGCUCGAGAUCCACACCUCGGGCAGGAGAAGGUCAUCACCCGCGUGCUGGAGAUUAUCAGGAACGGGCUUGCGGAGGGAGUCACUCAGGCAUGA